UCUUCAUGGUUUCCUCAUUAACAAAAAAUUAUUCUACGAAGUUAACUUGAUCGAGUUACAUGAUUUAAUUAAUGCGUGUUGUUCUGCGAGGUGCUAUUUGAAAUAAUAUUCUCAAUAAUUUUUUUUUAAUUUGAGGCGGUAUUUUUGAUUGUGUAUUUUGUAAAUUUUUUGCUCCUGGAGGUAUUAUUUUAUCAAUAUCCUUUGUCCUGUAAGAUGUUUUUGUUUGUUACAUAAUAUUCUGUGACGUGUUACUCAACCUUCUGUCAGUUACUUAAUAUUCUUUGUCCUAUAUGUUGCUGUUAUACACACACAAUAGAAAAACUGUAAACUACAAUGUUAGGUUGAUGUAUGUCUGACAGAUAUUGAUGCUGUGAGAGUAAAGGUACAGUGGCGUAGGAAGAUGGGCAAAGGCACAUUCAUGCAGGCGCAUUUAUUUAUACACUCGCGCGCACGCACGGACACACGAGUAGUCAUAAAGGUGUGACAACUAUUUUCGUCCUGUGUGUCACAGUCUCGUGACUCUUCACAAGGUCGGGUAUACCACGACAAGAUGAAGGUCAAGACAAAAAUAGAGUGACUUCCUCGUACAAAGUACCGGCAAGAUGGCUUCCAAGUCUGGCUCUAGUAGACGUAAAUCAUUUACUAAAGGCUCUCACAAAGACUAUGAGGAUCGGAAUGUCUCACGAGCAGGCAAAAAACCUCUUCCAGAGCCAACGCAUCUCGGUCAUUUUGUUUUGAUGGUGGUUUUAAAAGUAUGCCGGUCAGUGCUUUUCGUUGACACAUCAGUGAAAAUUGGGAUAUAUUUGAUCGGAGUCAUGGCAGGGUCUGUUAUCUGCGAUCUGUUUGUGGUUCCGAAGUCAUAUUUAUCUGACAAGCAAAAUUUCUUGAAUCAGUAUUUUGUGAAGCUCGGAUGGGGGUGGACGCUAACGCUGCUGGUUUCUUACGUUUGUCUGAGUAGUCUUGUUUACUGCAGUGGAAACUGGGCAGCUGUACGUCGUCAUAUCAUGCGUAUGGCGAUUGCAAGCGUGGAAUGGUAUGUCUGUGUCACAGCGUUCAGACACAUUGAGACGACAGUAGGAAUGUGCACUAGCAGCCAACACUUGGAUCGCAACACCUGCAUUGACAGCGGAAGCGGCUGGCUGGGCUUCGACAUUUCGGGACACGUUUUUCUGCUUAUUCACAACCUUCUUACCAUUUCUGAGGAGGUGAAAACUUUCAAGGAGUGGAGAAAACUGGGAGAGUUGCUGGAGGAUGAAGAUUUACCUAACAAGCGCAAGGUCACAAAUGAUGACAUAAAGCAAGCCCAGUCUCUGUACAAAGGUCUAACACCAUACAUCAAGGCUACAUUCAUAGUACUAGCUCUGCUCACUGUUCUUUGGGAAUUUAUGCUGUUGGUAUCUGUUGUGUAUAGAUUUCACACCCUCACACAGAAAGUUACUGCAGCAUUUGUAGCAGUGUUUUGCUGGUUUCUGAAUUACAGGGUUUUGUAUCGCCUGAAUAGUGAAUGGUUUCCUGCAUAUCCAGGGGAAAGCAGUUUCAACUUUCUUAAAAGUUCAUGAUAGUAGUACAUUUUGCAUUAGCACCUGCAUGUCUGUGAAUCCAUUUGGAUCACCCAAGUCAGCACUCAUUUAACUCUAACCCACAUUCCCUACCCCUACCCCCUAACACCACAAAAAAAAAAAAAUCCGCAAAAUAAGCCCCCUGAAUCACUGUUUUGGCAUUUAUACAAUGUUUUAUGAACGUGUGUUUGACGCUAUCUGUUUUAUGCUUUUUUAAGAUGUUGAAUAUUUACUUCCAUUUUGUGACAACAGAAUUUAUUAUGUGCCAUUUUUGUGGUCUGUGGUGCAAAAUGAUUAUUAACUCAAGCAAUUUUGCAGUAAUCAGUGUUUGGCCAUUUUAGCUCUUAGCUAACUUGUGCAAGAUGUAGCAUUUUGCACCCUGUUCCAUAGUUUGCUGCAGUGACUUUGCAAAAGUGAUAUCUCUCAGCGUAACGGCACUGUUUAUUUCACUGUACAAUGUACAUGUGGAAAGUGGAAUUCUGACAUUUAAAUAUUUCACAGCAGAUGACUUAUUAUAUGUACUUGUAGGACUAAACAGAGUAUCUAGUCAUCUUAAAUAGACUGCUGAGAACAUGGUAUGUGUCAGUUAAUUGCCAGUUUUGAAAGGUAGUGGCUGUGUUAGACAAUUUGAAAUAAUAUUUAGGAUGUGUGUGAUACACAUUUUGAUUUUAUUAUCACCCCAAGUCUUAUAUUUUCAAAAAACUGUCCUGAACAUGGAAUGAAUGUUAGGCAAAGCUGAUUUUCUUGUGUUGAUUUUUUCUUUUUUGUUUUUGUGGCUUGGGAUGCAGGGCUGUUUGUGAAUGCAGUGCGAGAUGCAAUUAAAAAGUUGAUGAUGUGUA